AUGAACAAAGCACAUAGUAUCAUUAUGAUGCUGGAUGGUCGCAAGAAGGACCUUUAUACUCUGGACGAUCUCGUAGAUUCGUUAGAGCACGAUCAGGAAGCACAACAGGAAACAAAGCCAAUGAAUUUUCUGCCUGUAAGCAAACUUCCACCUAUUCCCAUACCCACCUUCAGCGUUAGCGGACGACAGUCUCUAGAAGCAAAUGCAUCAACAAAAGCCCUCGUCAACUGUUGCACAGAUGAAGAAAAGGAGACGUGGGACCGUUAUUGGGCUCUCGAAGACACAGACUCUGAGAUUGUUCUAGGAUGGCUUAAUGUACCACCUGAUCGCAAGAAUAUAGGGGUGCUGGUGACCAACCGGUUGAAAGAAGUCAAGAAAAUUGUUACUAAAUUAGACGCUGAGGCCGUUGAAUGCUUAAUCGGACAUGUGUCAAAUAAGGACAGUUCGAAGGACACUACACAAAGCACAACGGGAGGUCACGUAUUCGCUCCGACUUAUAAAAAGAUCACUGGUUCGAGACAGACCGAAAAGAAGCCAUUUUUUGACACGAUUACCGCUUUCGAAAAGGCAGCUUUGAAGCACGAACUGUCAGAAUUAGAGUCGCGCGAAGCAAAGAAUUUUAUCAUUUGCGAUCACCAAGGCGCUGUAGUUAAUACGAACACGAUCUCGUUGCGAAAGUAA